AUGAAACUAUUGGUUGCUUUUUGCUUUACUGUGCUCUUUGCUGUUGAGAAGUGUCAGGGUCAGAUUAUGGUGUAUAAUGAAAAUGGAUUUCUGGCUAGGUCAAGACCUCCAAAGGUGCAUAGACAACUUUCUGCAUGUAAUACUUUUACAAAUUGAACCUCAUGUAUGAAAGAAGAUCUAUGACUUUGGUCGAGCGGAGUGUGCUCUCCCUAUGCAAGUUCUGAGAAAACUAUGAGCCAAUACGCCACAUGAAAGACUGAAGCUUUAAGCGGGAACUAUUGACAUGGUUACUUUGGGGAGACAAAGAAUUUCCCCUCUUCAAAAAUUACCUUAAGACAUAAAGAAAGUGGAGGAUCAAUAGAACCAGGCAUAUAUUGAGACUGGAAGUUUGACACACACCGGAAAUAUGUGUAUAAGGUUACUAUUCAGAAGAGUAAUAAUAACAGUCAAGAAUUCCUAAUUAUAUUAAGAGGAUCUAAAGGCGAAAGUCUUACUUUUAAAGAUGAAGAUUUUAAUAAUACUUCAUCAAGUUUUACUUUCUAUAAUGCAGUUACUAUUGAAGUAGAGACAAUGCAAAAGAUAGGUGGUGUUGUGAGUGUUUAUGAUAUCACUCUGGAAGAGUAUGAUAACAAAACGUCAACGGCAUUACUAGGACUACUGACUAUCUUGCUCUCAGUAUGCAUCUGUCUGAUAAUUUGUACAUGCUUCAUCACAAUGUUGAAAGCUUGUUUUAAGGUUAAGGAGCAUAACAGGAGAGUCAGGAACCUUCAACAUAUGAAUAACAUCAGACAGCAAGAACACGAAUCUAGAGCCAAGAAAUUGCUAGAGGAAAACCCUCCUCUAAUGUAUAAAAACAUCAAUGUGAAAUUCGAGCAGACUCAGUGAGUUAUUUGUAUUGAAGACUUUAAGGUUGAGGAUAACGAGAAAGUCAGGAUCAUGCCUGAGUGCAACCAUGUAUUUCACUCUGAAUGCAUUGAGCAAUGGUUUAACAAUAGAUCAAAUGAUGAGCUACUUUGUCCUUUGUGAAAUAUCAAAGUUCUUACAAAGUAUGAGCUGAAGGAAAAACUUGAAAAGGAGAGAAUACAGAAAGAAAAAGAAAAGGCUGAACAACUCAAGAAUUCAGAGUCUUUUGUGGUAGGAUCUGGAAUUAGACAAAUGCAGGAAGAGAUUAGGAAGGGACCAAGCAUGGAUUCUGGAAUCUUGCCACCGAUAAAUAGCUCUAGAGAUCAGCCUAAUUUUGAAGAGGAGAAAGAAAACUCAAAUGAGCUGAGUAUAUCCAAAAAUUCUUUACCUCGGCCAGAAAUGCCAAUGGGGAAAAUUCCUUCGAUGCAAAUGGAGUUGUCUUCGAACCCUUUCUUCAAGCAAUAAAGGCAGGUCUCUUCAAGAUAAAGGUCAUAAUUUGAAGUUUUUAACUAUUUCCUUAAUUUCCGACUAUGUCAACAUU